UUUCACAAAACUGGGAUUAAACGGGCCUAGACCAUUCCCAAUUGUUGGUACUCUAUGGGAAUGUAUUAUUACACCACAACCAGAACUGGAAAUCAAAUGGCAACAAAAAUAUGGCAAAAUUUAUGGGAAACAACCCUAUACUACAAGUGGCGGAUCCGGAACUCAUUAAACAAGUGUUAGUCAAAGAUUGUCAUAUAUUUACUGACAGAAAGUCAUUUUUUGAAUGUGGAAAUCAUCCGAUUGUAGAGAAAGUAUUGCCGGGACUUCAGGGCGACGACUGGAAGAGAGUCCGAUCCAUAACUACUCCUGUAUUCACUUCCGGCAAAAUGAGAAAAAUGUAUCCAAUAGUGAGAGAGUCUGUGAAGGGGUUUAUGAAUACAUUGAGUGAAUACGUGAACGACAAACAAGAAGUAAAUGUUACCGAUAUGUACGGCUGUCUAACUAUGGAUGUGAUCGCGAACUGCGCUUUCGCCACAAAAACCAAUGCUUUUAAAGACCCAAACAAUGCAUUUGUAGUGAACGGCAGAAAUGUGCUGAAAUUGUCGGUUUUGAAAUUUAUCUCGAUGCUUUUAUUGCCUCAGGAGAAAUCGGAGACAAAAUCCAAUGAUUUGAUUGAUCUCAUGAUGAGAGCGAAGGAAGGAAAGGAUAACAUUAAUGACGAGAGGAAUAAAUACGAGUCGCAUCACAUCAAUGAAGGCGAAGAGGAACUCGAAAUCACAAACAAUAUAUUGAAUAUAAAGCCAUCGAAUAUAUUCAUAACAGAGGAUGAGAUGAUAGCGCAGAUGUUUAUUGUACUUUUAGCCGGAUAUGAGACAACAGCCAGCACUCUGUCCUUCUGUUCCUAUGAAUUGGCACUCAAUCCAGACGUUCAGCAAAAACUAUACGAAGAAGUGAUGUCUUCGAUGGACACAAACGGAGAAAUUGAUUACGAAGUGCUGAUAAAACUGCCGUUUUUGGAUGCGGUCAUCGCUGAGACUCUUAGACUCCACACACCUCUCGUUAUAAUAGGAAGAAUUGCUGCACAAGACUACCGGUUGGGAAACACUGGGAUUACUGUAUAUAAGGGACGAGUCGUAGAAAUACCUGUUUAUGCUAUCCAUCACUCGGAGGAAUACUAUCCAAACGCCGAAAUGUUUAUUCCCGACCGCUUUCUACCCGAAAAUCGUCACCAAAUAAUUCCCUACACUUAUCUGCCCUUCGGUUCCGGUCCUCGAAAUUGCAUUGGAAUGAGGUUUGCAUUAAUGGAAGUGAAGUUAGUCAUCUGUUAA